AUGGCCCCAUCCAACUGGUUGUGGCACAUUUCUCACCACUCUGUGGGCCUGGCCAUCCAGCAGAUUUUUAACCCAGUGAAGAGUGCACCUAUCCAAGCCAUGGGCUGCCAGCUUGUCCAGGAGAAUGCUGUGGGAGCCAGUAUCAAAGGCUUGAAUGAACUUGAGGUCAAAGCAACAGAUGCAGAUGCUGACCAGUUUGGAGAAAUUGAGUAUUCUCUUUAUGAUGGAUUUAAUUUUUAUGAAAAAUCCAAAGCUUUCCAGAUUGACCCACGCACUGGUCAGAUCUUUGUGUCUCAAGACAUUGACAGAGAAGGAGAUCCAACCACUUAUGAUCUCUUAGUAAAAGCUACAGAUGGGGGUGGUCUGAGUGCCCAAGCUUUUGUUCGCAUUGAGAUAGAAGAUAUUAAUGACAACCAACCCAUUUUUGAACAAGACAUCUAUGUGACAAGUAUCAGCAGUCACACACAGCCAGGAACAGAAAUCAUCAAUGUUGUUGCCACAGACAGAGAUUCAGGAGUGUUUGGUGUUGUCACAUACGAACUGGUCCCAGGAGAAUUUUCUUCUUUUUUCACAGUGGAUACAUCCACAGGAAUUAUUUACCUUACCUCAGCUCUUGGCCACCUGACACGUUCUGCAGUCCUCCUGACAGUUUCUGCACGGGAUGGGGGUGGCCUUCCCUCUGCCAGCAAUGCAGCUGUCACAGUAAACAUCCUUCAGACUGUUUUGGUUCCUGCCACAUUUGAGAGAUCUCGGUAUAGCUUUUCUGUUCCAGAAGAUGCACCUGAAGACAGCGUGAUUGGCACUGUGAAGGCCAGAGAGCCUACAAAUUCGUUAGAGGUGGUUUCUUAUAGAAUUUGCUCCGGUGAUCCACAUGGAAAGUUCUCUAUCGACCCCCAGGUUGGCAUUAUCCGCACCAAGAAACAGCUUGACCACGAAGCUCAGCCUGUUGUGGUGCUCACUGUUCAGUCACAGCUGGGUAAUUCCCCUGUCUACAGCAGCACUCAAGUCAACAUAUCUGUGACAGACAUUAAUGACAACCCCCCAGUAUUUCCUACCAAAUCUGAUAAAGUAACCAUCUCACAUACCCAGCCUCCUGGCACUGCUGUCUACAUUGCUCACGCAGAAGACAAAGAUAGUGGUCUAAACGGGGCAAUCAAAUACAGUAUUGCGAGCAAGCAGUCAGAUGCAUUUAGCAUUGAUCCAAGUCUUGGAGUGGUAAACCUUACCAGGACGGUGUUUGCAGAAAAGCAGCAGGAAUAUACUCUACACAUAGCAGCUGAAGACUGUGGAAGUCCUCCUCUGACUUCUUUGCUGGCGUUGACAGUGGUUAUUGAAGAGCAGAAGAUGGGUCCUACUUUGGUUUUCCAAAGCUUGGUGUAUCAAGUAGAAAUCAGUGAAGCAACCUCUCCAGGUGCCCAAAUCCUUCAGGUUCAAGCCCACUCACUUGAUCCACACAGCAUUACUUCCAAUCUGACAUAUUCCUUAGAGCCUAGCACUGAUUCUGUUGCAUUUGGAAUCAGCUCUGAUACAGGCUGGGUUUAUCUUCGGAAACGUUUGAACUAUGAAUGCGCACAGAUGCUGAGUUUUAGAGCCUUGGUCAGCACAUCUCAGAAUGAAAACCUUAGGCAAAAUGCAAGUACAUCUAUAAUAGUUAAUGUGCUGGAUGAAAAUGAUCAUUCUCCCAUGUUUAUGCGUGAGAGCUACUUCUUUGAAAUUGAGGAAAAUCCAAUUCCCAGUGGUGUGGUUGGCACCAUUACAGCCAUUGACAAAGACUCAGGAAGAAAUGGACAGCUUUCCUAUUUCCUCUUGUCUGAUGGAAAAUAUUUCAAGAUUAAUUCCAACACAGGUAGCAUUUGUGAAAUCAUAAACUGGGCGGCGCUGGACCGCGAGGAGCGGGCGCACCACGAGCUGCGGGUGCUGGUGACGGACGCGGGCCGGCCCCGGCGCAGCGCCACGGCCGCCGUGCGCAUCUCCGUUUUGGAAGGGCAGCCAUCAGGGACGCUUGUUACCACCAUCUUUGCAAAAGACUUCGAUUCUGGAAACAACGGUGUUGUAUUGUAUUCAGUAGAAUCAGAAGGGGAUAUAGGAUACUUCCAGAUUGAUGCUGUCAGUGGAGAGUUAAGAACAACCCAGCCUCUGUCACAUGCUGAGAGAUCCGACUACAGAAUGACAGUCACAGCCAAGGACCAGGGGAUGCCUUCGCUUCAAGGACGUGCUGCUAUUUACAUCCAGGUGAUCCCACUUCCCAGUGGGAGAUCUGGCUUUUCUCAAGACUUCAAGCACUUAGUCAUACCUGAAAAUUUUAAACCUGCACAAGUGUUGGAUUCUCUGAAGGCACCGGGUAACCAUCUGGCACUUAACAGGAAACUGCAUUUCAGUAUUGCUGAAGAUGAUAAUGUUCAUUUUGAAAUAGACAGCUUGACAGGAGACCUUUAUCUUUCUAAGGAGCUUGACUAUGAAACAGAUUCACACUUUCUUUUGCAAGUUAUUAUAAGGGAUUAUAAUAAUCCCCCACAAAAUAGCACUGUACUCCUAAGUAUUGAUGUGGAAGAUAAGAAUGAUCAUUCUCCAUAUUUUCAGGAUGACUUUGUGGUGAUUGGCAUAGAAGAAAAUGUACCUGUUGGCACUCUGGUUUACACAUUCAAUGCAAAGGAUGGAGAUGGCAGUUUUUUGAACAGCAAAAUAGAGUACUCCUUAGAAAUUAGUGACAUGGGUGAAAAUCCAUUUCUUAUUCACCCUUUGUAUGGCACCUUGACCACAGCUUCUCUACUAGACAGGGAGACUACUCAUUCUGUGAUCUUAACGGUGUUUGCAGAAGACCAGGCAAUAAAUUUGACUGAUCGUCGGCUGGAUUCCCUGGCUGUGAAAAUUGUUAUUUUAGAUAUCAAUGACAACAGUCCCAGUUUUAUGUCUUCGCCUGUUUCCUAUGUCCUGGAGGAUGUGGAGGUGGGCUUCCUUAUACACCACAUAAUUGCAAAGGAUCCAGAUGAGGGAAGAAAUGGACAAGUAACGUAUCACAUUCUUUCAGGCAAUGAAAACAAAGCAUUUGUACUGGAUAAAAUCACAGGACUCUUAACUACAGCCCAGUUUCUAGACCAUGAGGUUCAGGAGCGCUACAGUUUGACACUCAUAGCUCUUGAUGAUGGCAGCCCAGCUCUCUCUGCUACACAAGUUCUAACUGUCAUCGUUCUUGAUGUGAACGAUGAGACCCCAAUAUUUCUGAAGCAACUUUAUGAGACUGCUGUUCAUGAAAACCGAGAUCCAGGGGAGUUUGUCAUAAGAGUGGAGGCUGCGGACCAAGAUGCAGGGCUGAAUUCCUUGCUUCAGUAUGAAAUCUUACCAGGACCUGGUUAUGACAAAUUCAAGAUGAACUCAGUCAGUGGAGAACUUGUAACAGCUGCAUCACUGGACAGGGAAACUCAGGAGGUUUUCAGUAUUAAAGUUUUGGUUCGGGACAGUGGAACCCCAUCGCUGUCAAGCACAGUGACAGUAAUCUGCACAGUACUGGAUGAAAAUGAUCACUCUCCCACAUUUCUUCUUCCUCCCUCUGAGAUCUUUAUUCCAGAGAACCAACAGCCUUCUGUUGUUUACAUUAUCCAGGCUGUAGAUAUGGAUGCUGGCAAUAAUGGAGCUCUAAGAUAUAAAAUAAUUGGUGGAAAUGUUGGAGAGUACUUCACAGUAAAUAACACGUCGGGAAAGCUGCUGUGCACUCGUAGCUUAGACAGAGAAGAUAUCAGCAAUUUCACUCUUGUAAUUGAGUGCCAUGACCUAGGCAGUCCCUCGAGAAGCUCCACUGCACAGCUCUAUCUAACAGUAUUGGAUGAAAAUGACCACAGCCCAUUGUUUGCAAAGACCCGCUAUCAAAUCUCUGUGACAGAAGACCUGGAGGAAGGCUCAGCCAUCCUGGACCUCUCUGCUUCUGAUGAAGAUGCUGGCCUAAAUGGUGAAGUUACGUACUCCCUCAUUGAUGACACCUAUGGAGCAUUUGCGAUUGACAGUGUCACGGGAUCCAUCGUUACUACAAAGGCACUGGACCGGGAGACCAAGUCCCAGUACACAUUUAGGGCUGUGGCAAGUGACCGUAGCACACAUUUUCCAAGGAGCACCACUGUCAGUGUUGUGGUGCAUGUUGAUGAUGUCAAUGACAACGAUCCCAUUUUUUUGCAGAAUCCUGUCAGGGUCUUUGUUCCUGCUGAAACUGCUGUGAAUGAGACAGUAGCCACUGUGAGAGCAGAGGAUGUGGAUCUGGGAUCAAAUGGAGCUAUUGUUUUUAAUUUGGUGAUGGCAGAAGCUAUGUUUCAGAUCGAUAUGAAGACAGGUGACAUCAUUCUUCGGGAGCCCUUGGCUACCAAGGACUUCAGUACCCAGCUGCUAGUGACAGCUUCAGAUCAAGGUGUCGCACCUCGAACAGCUACAGCUGUGGUCAUUAUCUUUACAGAAGAGCAAGAGGAGGUGAUCUCAUUCAGCUGCAGCCUGUACGAAGCAAGUGUGCCUGAGAACAGUGCAGCAGGUACAUCAGUUCUAACAGUAGAAGCUUAUGAACACAGAUUUACAGGAGAAGACAUAAAAUACAGCAUCUUCGGUGAUCAGGAAAUAUUCUCCAUACAUUCUGCUACAGGCACAAUCACAGUAAAAGAGCCAAAGUACCUUGAUUAUGAAGUUAAGCAUAAAGUACAUCUUACAGUUGUGGCUGAAAAUAGCUUCAAUACAGUGUACUGUGGAGUGACAGUUUUGAUUCAAGAUGUGAAUGACAAUGCACCUAAAUUUGAGCAAAGCUAUUACAAAGCAUCAGUAUGGGAAGGCCAGAGUCCUAAAAGAGAUAUCAUACAGGUAUUUGCAACUGACCUUGACAGUGGGCUGAAUGGAGAAACUGAAUUCUCAAUUUUAUCUGGUAAUGAAAAUGCAACAUUUCUAAUUGAUUCAGCACGAGGAAUUCUAGCAACUAAUACAGGCCUAGAUUAUGAAAACACUCCAUCUUACAGGUUGGUUGUACAAGCUGCUGAUAAAGGAAACCCCAGACUCUCUGCUACAAGUAUUGUGAGGAUACAAGUGUUAGAUGUUAAUGACAACGCUCCAGUUGUCCAACCACUAGGUGAAGUGAAGGUCCCAGAAAAUGCCCUGCCUGGUUUUAUAGUGACUCAAGUGUCAGCAAGUGAUGCAGACUCCAGGCCAGCACUUCAGUUUGGUUUUAUUUAUGAUACUAGUCCUGAAAUGAAAUUUUCCAUCGAUCAGCACACUGGUGUCAUUAUAGUGGUGGAACCAUUAGAUUUUGAAGAAACUGCUGUGUAUACACUGCAUAUCAUAGUUUCAGAUUCUGUGCAUCAAACAGAAGCAGAACUCACCAUCCUUGUUUUGGAUAUCAAUGAUAACCCUCCGGUGUUUACUCAAGAUUUUUAUCAGGUGAAUCUGCCAGAGCUCAUUUCUAUGGAUGCCACUGUUCUGACACUCUCUGCCAUAGACAGGGAUUCUGAACAUAAUGGAAUGAUUUCCUACAAAAUCCUCUCUUCCUCUGAGGGAUUUUCCAUUGAUCACAAGAAUGGUUCGCUGUUUACCACGGAACCAGUUAUGCAGCUGAAAAAUAUUUCCAUUAUUCAUCUCCUGAUAGAGGCCACAGAUGGCGGCAGUCCCCCUCUGAGUGCAGUUACCUCCGUAGAGGUGCAUGUAGAAGAUGUCAAUAACUGUGCCCCUCGCUUCACAGAGGUCCUGUACAAUCUCAGUGUGAGUGAGGAUGCCUCCGCUGGAGAAACUGUCCUCCUGUUCUCAGCCAUCGACUGUGAUUGGAUGCAUGAAAACACGCUUGUUGAAUACUCUAUUAUUGGUGGCAAUGCUGAGAAUUUAUUCUCCAUAGAAACAAGUGUCAUGGGGUCAGAAAUAUCCUACAAACUUGCCAGCAAUCUUGUUUUGAGCAAUGCUCUUGACAGGGAAACAGCUGCUUCUCACCAGUUGGUUCUCCUUGCCUCUGAUCGUGGAACGCCGUCUUUGAAUUCAACUGCUACAGUGCUGAUAACUGUGCUGGAUGUUAAUGAUAAUCCUCCAGUGUUUAGCAGCCCAGAGUAUCAUGUUCAUGUCAAAGAAAGCAUCCCCAUAGGCAGUCACAUCACUGAAGUUUCAGCAAGAGACUGUGAUGCAGGCACUAAUGCAGAGAUCACUUAUGCUAUCAUCUCUGGAAAUGACAGAGGGCAUUUUUGCUUGGAUGGUAGAACUGGAUCUGUAAAUUUGACGAAAAUGCUGGAUUAUGAAGAUACCAUGAAAUUCACUUUGGUUAUCCAAGCCACAGAUGGAGGAACUGAUGUAAAAAAUAUGGCUUUUGCUGUUGUUUUUGUUAGUGUCCUAGAUGACAAUGAUUAUGCCCCACUUUUUUUGUUUCCCAGUCUGAGCUGCACUGUCACUGAAAAUCUGCCUACCUUUUCUUUUGUGUGUGCUGUUUGUGCAUUGGAUUUUGAUAAAGGCUCCUAUGGGCACCUUACCUACUCCAUUCAGUCUUCAUGUUUGGCUCAUCGUGGAGCUGCUAGAGACCAUGACAUGUUCUUCAUUGAUCCUUUAACAGGAGAUAUUCAUACAAAGCAAAUGUUUGACUAUGAAAGUCAAAAUAGCUACUGUCUCAUAAUUCAAGCAAAAGACAAAAGUGAUUCACUGGCUACUGCUACAGUUCAGGUAGAUAUUGAGGGGAGGGAUGAAUUUGACCCAGUGUUUACACAGGAAUAUUAUUUCUUUAAUCUCCCUGAGAAGAAUGAAGCAGGUCAGUUGAUUGGCAGAGUGACAGCAUCAGAUAGUGAUGGUGGAGUGGACGGAGUUGUUCAUUAUUCCCUUUUAAAACCUUCUCUGUUCUUUUCUGUGAAUGAAACCAAUGGCAAUAUUUAUUUGACUCAGACUGUUCACAGAUGGAAAAAUGACAUCAAAAGGAAUGAUGAUACUCUGAAAUUGUUGGUAAGAGCUCAUAGCCCCAAAAUUGUGUCAAGGUUCACAGUAUGCACUGUUUUUGUAAAUGUUUCCAAUUCUCCUGACAGUGAUCCCACAGUGUCAGCACACAGCCUGACAGUGAGUGUUUCCAUCUCACUGAUGGUGUUCCUGCUGCUUGCCAUCAGUCUUAUCACACUUACUCUGAGACUUAAGCAGAAAGAUCUGAUGAAUGCUUGUGUGAAAAAAAAACCAGUAUCCUCCUCAGCUGCUGAUGUGAAUUCAAUAACAGAAGAUGAGGACUGCCAGAAAAUCCAAAGUACUGAGAGUAGUAUGCUUCCCAUGGGUGCUAUAGCAAAAUGGCUGAGCUUAGCAGGACUUGGAGAGGGGAAGGAUGAUGAUGUCUUCUGCAGGCAUUCAGACUCCAGUGGCCAUGGUUCUGCUGAAGGAGAGACUGCAGAGGAUGAGGAAAUCAAACGGAUCUAUGAGUAUCCUUGCAGAAAAAGCAUUGGCUCAGCACUGAGUGAGCAUGGCUCACAGAUGCCAGAUUCGGGGAUCCCAAGAGAGUCUGAUCAGUUCUCCUAUCAGUCUGGAGAGACAGAUGUCACAGCCACCAUGCAAAGCAUGGAGAAUGUGCAGACCAUUAAAGGAGAAGGCAGAGAAGAAGCUUGUGACGCAGCCUAUGCACAUAAAAUUUUGUCUCAAACACUUAGGAAAAUUGGAAUAAAAGAAGAAGUCACAAUGACAGACCUCACAAGAGACUAUGUUCUGAUGUCAAAUAGGGAAGACUCUGGGCAUGAUUUGCUUGCAACUGUUGGCACCUCUGAUGAGGAUCUCAGAGGUGGUUAUAACUGGGAUUAUGUGCUCUGCUGUGAACCCAGAUUUCAGUCUCUUGCCUCAGUGUUUAAUGAUAUUGCAGAACUGAAAGAUGAAAAUGUUCACAUUCACAGCUUCUCUAAGGAGAGGAAAUCUCUUGUUUUCCCUCCUCCCUUGAUAACGUCAGUAGCACAGCCUGGCAUAAGGACAGUGCCACCAAGAAUGCCAAAUAUAACAUCAGAGCAAGCUUUUAAUAAAUACCCUUAUCCUCCUAUUAUCCAUAAUCAUGAAUACCCUCCAGCAGCCAUGACCCCUAAGUUUUCUCCUACUCUCUCUUUGCUUACCAUGCAGACACCUUCUUCUUCUCCAGUAGUGUCUGAUGGGAAAAUGAUAGGAACAUGUCUUAUUGAUCCAAGCUAUGAGCUUGCAACAGAGGAAGAAAUUCAGGCCUAGGUUAUUAACUGACAGUAUUUUAUGGUAAAAAUAUGGCUUAAAAUGUAUUUUGUUACUUUUUAACAGCAAAAUAUGCCUGUCAGAGCUGUAUCACCAGUAUUCUGUUUUUGUGAGCCUAAAAAGUUAAAAUAUAAAACAGCCAGAAAUUUGCUAACUAUACUACUUCUUCCCAAAAUACAGUGAGAGCAUGAGGCUUCUCUUUCAGCUCACAACUGUAGUUCCCUAUGUAAAACACACAGCCAAGUGUCUGAUAGGCAAUUUGACCAGUUUUACAGUAUUUUUUAUAAAAUACAGUAAUAACAAAUAAAUGGAAGUAAUUCUUUAUUGUGGAAACUAAUCAUUAGGAUACUGGUGGGUUCUCACUGCUUCUGUGGUGGUAUUAGCAGAGGGUACUGGGGGGAUGUGUAAGUACAGCAGGUUUGGGGGUGGACAAAGGAUGAAACAAGGAUUCCUACUGAGAUCUUUCUUUAGUGUUUACCCAGGUUUCCCACAGCUCAGCCUCUGGGUCCUAACAGUCUGUUUGGCCUCGUGUGGUUUCAUCAUCUGCAGUGGCUCCUUAGUGGGCUUUCUUAGCUAUCUUUGUGCUGUGGAACCCACUCAGCAGGUUCUGUUCACCUUUUGUUUAUCUCCUGAUUUAAAGCCAGCAGGUCACAAUAAUCUGAAUAAUGGGUCACCUGUGGAAAACAGAAUAACCAGUGGUAGGAUAAAGACAACCAUCUUCUCUAUUACUAGAUCUCAAGUAGCUAUCUGUUGUCUUUUUGUCAUAUUACAGAGGCUGCCCUGGUGCUUAAGCAGCUGUAGGAACAGACAGUGUUACAGUUCCAAAGGUCAUGUAUGCCUCCACCCCAGUCUUUGGUUCUGUGCUGGACCAAAGAUCUCUGCAAGACCAGAUAAUCUGGCCUUGCUUGUUGUAUGUAUCAUACACACGGCAUUUUGUGUACGUAUGUAUAUCCAGACACAUACACAUGCUGUAUAUGCUUGUAUAUUGAUCAAUAAAAUACACAGAAAAUACA